GAAAAAACACCCCAGCUUAAAAGCUGUGUUGGUAACCCUCCUGUUUCCCUCAGAUCGGCGAUCGUGGGGAAGAGCAAACACAGACAGAUGCGUCCCUCGAAGAAAGACAAGGCUAAAAAGAACUCAACGGAGUUAUCCACUGAGUCAGCCAAAUAUCCAGGGUGUAUUCGUGCCGUUGCUCCAUCCUCCGUGGCGAUCACCAUCCAUGCCAAGCCAGGCUCCAAACAAGCCACCGUCACAGAUAUGAAUGAUGACGCAGUUGGUGUCCAAAUUGACGCACCUGCCAAAGAUGGUGAAGCUAAUGCUGCUCUUCUCGACUAUAUAAGCUCCGUUGUUGGGGUCAAAAAAAGACAAGUUUCUAUAGGUUCUGGGUCGAAAUCCAGGGAUAAGGUCAUCAUUGUGGAGGAUGUUACUUUGCAGAGUGUUUUCGAUGCUUUAGACAAAGCUGUGAAAAAUCAGUGACUGAAACAACUGUCCCAUGGUAUCUUCAUCUGGUGUUGGACAAGGCACUACUGAUCAAAAGAAAAGAAUUUGCGUUGACAAGGCACAACUCAAGAUUCUUGUUAGUAACUAUUAACAUCAGCAGAUUCUUGAGUCUGAUUGUGUAUAUAGUAGGGGCCAACUAUGCAAUGCAAGUACUAGAGAAUUUCAAUUGUUCUUGCCCGAUACUGCUUCUCAGUCAUACCUAUCGUUGCAUAAAAAAAAUCAUGUCAUUUCUCGCCA